ACUGUCACAGCUAGUUUUAGCAAGAGAUGCUAUAUAUACAACAUACAGCAACAUACAGCUAGUUACUGGCCUUGCUUCCUGGGCUGUCACUAUUAGAAAAACUGACUAAGUAAACUAGCUAGUUGUAAAAACAAACCAGACACCAUCAAGCUGUUUCAUUUGUCAACAGUAUGCAGCGUAUGCAUUAUCAAUUCAGUUAGCGUCGGCGUUGGAAAGCUAUAGCCAGUACAGUCUCACUGAAAGCUACUAGUGUACUAGCUGAUCAAAACCGUAGCAUUUAUAGAUCUAGAUGGGGAAAGGAAAAGAUACAGUAGAAGAUAAUCUGCUGCAAUUGGCCGAGACAUAUCCAGUGGUUGUCACAGUAGCCCCCCCAUACCCAAGCCUCCUAGCCAGCAGCAGCAGCAGUACUGAAGCUACACCAUCUAACACUAGACACAGACAGAUCUCCAACGUGUUAGUGUGCUCUUUAAUCACUCUGCUGGUCAUGCUUUGCUUCGGGACACCUCUCACGCUCGUGCUGACUGUGCCUGCCUACAUACUGGCAGAUAAGGCGGAGGUGCAGACACAAUUGAAUAAUAGACGUCGAGCAAUCAAGUACCGAGCAUGCUCAAUAGCACUCAAUAUGGCCGCCAUAGUCGGGGGAGUCACUUUGACCUGUGCACUGACCACCAGCAUCCUCAUUCACUGCUCCGAGUUUCCAGGGAGAUGUACGCUACUAAAUAACUGAGAAGCAAACUCAACAACAGAUUGUUUCUUAAUUUCCACCAUUUGUGAAAGUAUUUUUUUUCUCUACUAUGUACGCAAACAAAUCAUAAAAUUAAUUAUGAAAGC